GUGGGAACAGUCGUUACUUGCGUCAAGGAUAUGCACAAUAAAUGAACGCAAGUUCGAAACAUCGAGACAAACGACCAGUUAAUCAUAUUUUUGUUUUCGUACUGGUGAUCAGUUCGUUGCUCGCAUUUACUUCGUGAUAUAUUUUUUGUGAUUAUCGGUGUAUAAACAACACAUAAAAUCAAAAUGGCAUUCAGCAGACUAACUUUGAUCAAAUUCAUAGAAUUGGUGUUGGUGAUAGCAUGUGUCGUCUUACACUACAAUUCUAUGGAAGCUGGCGACAACUUCCAUUUGUUCUUCACAUCUGCGGUAUUCGGUGGUUAUUUGAUCAUUAUGAUCGGUCUAGUUCUAGGAUUUUUUGUCGAUACAGCUUUUGGAAAACGAGUUGACUUAUAUUUCACAAUACUUGGUGGUUUGUUAUUCAUAAGCGCUGGUAUCAUGACUUACAACCACUUUUCUGGCAGACCAAAGCUGUUGGAAACUGAAACCUCGAGAUAUGGUAUGAUGAAAGCAUGGGCUUCAAUCAUCGCCGGAGUAAUAUUUUUCGUCGAUGGUGUUUUCACUUUCCGAGCGGAAUAAUCUUUCGAGCAUUUGAUAAUUUUUAAGUUGUUACUACUUAACAUCGAAAUAUUUAAGAUCAUUUAUGUGUCUCAAGAAUAUGUGAGUAAUAUGAAUAGGUAUAUCCACCGAAAUAUAUAAGUAUGUAUUCAUUCUAUACAAAAAGUCAUUUACAAUUACGAUAAACGACACAGUCACCUGGUUAUUACUUACACAUUCUACCUACAAUUUUGAAAUGUUAUCGUAACUGUAAGUCAUUCAUUUAUUUUUUUUUUGCAAUUUUACAGAUAUGAGAAAAAAAUCAUAAAGCAAUAAAAUCCAUUUAAAUACCUCAUUGUACGUAAGUACAUAUGUAUUUGCCGUGAAAAUUACCAAAGCAUUUCUUUUUUGUUUUCAAAUAAAUUUUUCAUGUGUUUUAUUAAGUUAGUUUAAGUUAUUAUUUUAGAAUGUUAAUUAUUUAAUUUUAUACCAAUUUUCGUAAAAAUUCCAGUUUUUUAAUGCAAUUUUUUACUUGCUCGCGUAUUUUUUUUUUUUUUUUUUUUUUUGAAAAAAAUGAACGUAAUUGUUAACAAUGUUUGAUAUCUACAUGAUGUAUUUGUGUAUGAUUAUCUAUAUUUUUGAGAAAGCAUUUUCGUACUCGACUUUUAUGACAUUUUAUGGAAUACAAAAUAUUCUAGGUACGUUUCCUACUUUUAUACAUGCUAAAAAUAAAUAAAGUAUUUCCAUCUA